AGAGAGAAAGGCGCUAAAAGAGGGGAGAGCCGAAUUCACCAGAUACAAAGGCUGGGUUCAAUUUCUGCUGCUGAAUUCCAAGCAAUCACAACUACUUUAUACCUUAAUUUAUUGAAUUUCUUUUGUUGUUUUCUGUUUCCAUUUUGUUUAAUGUUUAAUUUUUGUUGUUUUGUGCCAGCAAUUUCGACAUUUAGUUAUAAUUUGCUGAAAUUUUCGGAAAUGCCGCGUUGAUUUGUUGGAUGUCUUAUUACAUGAAGAUUUUUGGAUUCUUCGUACUUUGGAAGAAACCCUUGUCCGUUUCCAUUGAACUGGGGUUCGGGUUUUAGUUCUUGUCUACUCGAUUAGGGUUUUUGAUUCGUUGAUUUGCUGUAUAUGUAUUUCUGAAUCCCUUUUGAAGGAUCUCUGUGUCUGUGAUAAAGCUAUUACUGGUAGGAAUUGAUUUGCGCAGAUGAGGUGCUUUUCUUGCAUAAAUUGUUUCCCGAAAGAUGUUGAAAAUUAUGAUGGCAAUAUGGCAGCCGAUGAAUUUGCAGUUGAUGGGAGGGGAAAUCCAUGUAAUGAUGUUAAUGAUGGGAAGUUGGCAGAUUCUAUGAGGGAGAAGAGGUUCAAUAGUCAGAGGGGUAAUGUGGCACGUGGUUUUACUUUUCGUGAGCUUGCUGUGGCAACACAGAAUUUUAAAGAUGCUAAUUUGAUUGGAGAAGGUGGAUUUGGAAGUGUUUAUAAGGGUCGGUUGGAAUCUGGGAAAAUUGUUGCAGUGAAGCAGCUUAACCUCAAUGGGCUUCAAGGGAACCAGGAAUUCAUCGUGGAGGUUCUUAUGUUGAGUCUCCUGCGCCAUCCAAAUCUUGUCACUUUGAUAGGUUACUGCGCAGAUGGAGAUCAGAGACUUUUGGUUUAUGAAUACAUGCCACUUGGUAGCUUGGAAAAUCAUCUUUUUGAUCUAGAGCCUGGCCAGGAGCCACUGGAUUGGCACACGAGGCUAAAGAUUGCUGUUGGUGCAGCUCGUGGGCUCGAGUAUCUCCAUUGCAAAGCAAAUCCACCUGUAAUUUACCGUGAUUUAAAAUCUUCAAACAUAUUGUUGGAUAAUGACUUCAAUCCAAAGCUUUCGGACUUUGGACUGGCUAAAUUGGGUCCUGUUGGCGAUAACACUCACGUGUCAACUCGAGUUAUGGGUACCUAUGGUUAUUGUGCCCCCGAUUAUGCAAUGAGUGGAAAACUAACUUUAAAGUCUGAUAUAUAUAGCUUCGGUGUGGUUUUGUUGGAGCUGAUCACUGGACGUAGGGCAAUUGACAUAACCAAGAAACCCGGAGAGCAAAAUUUAGUUCCUUGGUCUCGCCCCUUUUUGAAAGACCGGAAGAAGUUUGUUCAGCUGGUCGACCCCUUAUUGCAAGGCUGCUUCUCUGUCCGUUCAGUGCACCAUGUGGUUGCUGUAACUGCAAUGUGUCUCCAGGAGCAAGCAAAUUUCCGGCCCCUGAUCGGUGAUAUUGUUGUUGCACUCGAGUACUUGGCCUCUCAAGCAGAAAUGUCCGAAAACCUUAAGAGUCUGACGGUUGGGUCACAACCCUUGCCCGACCAUGCUCGUGAGCCAGACGCGACAGCAAUUCUGGCUUCUAAGUGACGGUUUUCCAGAAAACUUCAAAGUGCUAUGCCAAGAUCGUUACAGAUAAAAAGAUUACUACAAAAAUAGGAUUCAAAGAAGCCAACGGGAUGCUUGCUUUACCUUGAAGCAUAAGGGUUCAUGCUUUGCUACGAUGGAUCGUGGAUAUAUCGUCUUUGUUGCCCGUGGUAUAUAAUUCGUAAGAACACCGAUGUUCAUUUCAUUUCCAAAUGGGGUUUUCUGUUUUUGUUUCGGUUUGAUAGAGAAUUGAAAAUGUAGAUAAAGUGUAUGCUUCCUUACGACCUUGUACUUUCACGUGUGUGGAGUUAUAACGAUGGUUCUAUCGUUAUAUGUAGAUGAACAUGUGAACCGAACUUUCUAUUUC